AUGAUAAAAAGGAAAUUUGGUAAAAUCAAUUAGGACUGUACUCGUACAGGAUCACUUCUAUAGUGAUUUUUCCUCUUUUACUUUAUCAAAAAAGGCGAUAACCCGCUCUAGGAUGAUGAGACGUGCACUUGCAGCCGCUAUGGGAUAUCUCAAUCAAGAAGGCUUGCCUUCUUGUCAUUGGGCGAUGACCUCUGGCUUAUAAGCUUAUGGCUUGCAAGUGGGUCUGACUAGUUCUUUAUAUCUAUAUAUUCAUAUUAG